GUUUAUGCUUAGCAGUGAGAAUUGAUAUAUUCCAUCCAAAUUAUUCAGUUCCAACUAAAUGAUAAAUAAAUAUUAAUAACAUGUUGAAUUAAACAUGCCUUUUUACAGUAACAGCAUUAGACGUAUUUUGGACAAGUGGCCUGGCAAGCAGCGUUUAGGCAUCUAUAGAUUUUUGCCAUUAUUUUUUGUUCUCGGUGCUGCUUUAGAAUUUUCAAUGAUCAACUGGACAGUUGGAGAAACUAACUUUUAUCACACAUUUAAAAAACGCCAAGCUAAAAAUUUUGUCGAAGAAAAAUUGCAAAUAACACAAGGACAAGUUCAAACACCAACUAAAGAAGUAGCAUAAUUGUACACGAUCGUUGUU